CCAGACGAAAAGGCGUCAAAAAGUUUGCGAAUUCUCGUGUGUGGCCGAUAGUGGGUGCCGUAUUGCGUUGCCGCGGAUUGUCGCGUCUCGCGCGUGUGUGCGUACGUGCGUGACACGUACGAGGCGUGUACUUUUCCGGGGUGCGGUGCAUUUGCACAACGAAAAAUUGUGUUCCUCGGAUCUUAAUAUGCUCGAAGGAUCAGCCAAGUUCAGGAAAAAGAGGUGCUCCGCCUAAAGAGAGUGUUCGGAGCUGCGCGCAUGCUUCUGUGCCCGCUCCUUCGCCAUUUUGGAGAUAGAAUGUUAAAUUUUGGAAUGGACUGACAGAGAAUUAAGUAAAAUUAUAAAAUUUAGAAUAGAAGAUUGAAAAAUAAGAAGACGUCAAAACUCUGUCUGAAAUAGGCCUUGGCUUUAUAUAAUUAUUAAUACUUUACUAUGCCAGCUGUUCCAAGGCCUGGUAGCCUUAAGGACCCAGAGAUUGCUGAAUUAUUUGAAAAAAAUGAUCCGGAGAAAAUAUUUGAAGAUUUACGUGAAAUCGGACAUGGUAGUUUUGGGGCUGUUUAUUAUGCACGAUGUUUGGUUACCAAAGAAAUUGUUGCAAUCAAAAAAAUGUCAUAUUUGGGAAAACAAACUGUUGAAAAAUGGCAGGAUAUCUUGAAAGAAAUUCGUUUUCUUAGACAACUUAAUCAUCCUAAUACAAUAGAAUAUAAGGGUUGUUAUCUCAGGGACCACACUGCCUGGUUGGUAAUGGAAUAUUGCCUUGGUUCUGCAUCAGACAUUAUUGAAGUUCAUAAGAGACCAUUAAAAGAAGAUGAAAUAGCUGCAAUUUGUGAAGGUGUAUUACGUGGUUUGCACUAUCUUCAUUCUCUAGGAAGAAUUCAUCGAGAUGUAAAAGCAGGAAAUAUUUUACUUACUGAAAAUGGUACAGUAAAAUUGGCAGAUUUUGGAUCUGCAAGCAUAAAAUGUCCAGCAAACAGCUUUGUAGGAACUCCUUAUUGGAUGGCACCAGAAGUCAUAUUAGCUAUGGAUGAAGGACAAUAUGAUGGGAAAGUGGAUGUAUGGUCUUUAGGAAUAACAUGUAUUGAAUUAGCUGAGCGCAAACCACCUUAUUUUAAUAUGAAUGCUAUGAGUGCUUUGUAUCAUAUUGCUCAAAAUGAUACACCAACUUUAAAUUCUCCAGACUGGUCAGAUGUUUUUCGUCACUUUGUUGAAGUGUGUUUAACUAAAAGUCCAACUGAAAGACCAGCCUCUGGUAAACUGCUAUCACAUCAAUUUGUCACCAGAACACGUUCUCCACAAGUUCUAAUAGACUUAAUUCAGAGAACAAAAGCUGCUGUUAGAGAACUGGAUAAUUUAAAUUAUCGAAAAAUGAAAAAGAUUUUAAUGAUCGAUGCUUGUGAGACUGAAAGUACAGUUGGUGAUGCUGAUGAUACUCCUGAUGAACAAACAGGUGGUGAUAGUAGCAAGAGUAAUUCAAUUACCUCAGAACAUUCAAUUCAUUCAAUGGGCGUUUCUGCAAGCUCUCAAAGUUCCUCCACCAAUAGCCUGCCACUGCCAAAUGCUGAUGCAAAUGAUUAUUCUACAGGAUCUGUACGAAAUAGACAUAAAAUAUCAGCAGGCGGUGUCACUGCCAAUCUUCUUGAACAUGGUGCCAAUAAUUUUGCAACAAUUAGGACAACAUCAAUUGUAACUAAACAACAAAAAGAACAUAUGCAAGAAGAAAUGCAUGAACAAAUGAGUGGAUAUAAACGAAUGAGACGUGAACAUCAAGGUGCUUUGGUAAAAUUAGAAGAACGUUGUAAAAUGGAAAUGGAAUCCCAUAAACAAUUAUUGGACAAAGAAUAUGAAACACUUUUACAACAAUUUAGCAAAGAAUUAGAAAAACUUCAAUUAAGACAUUUGCAAGAAUUAGAACGUAAACUUAAACAAAAUCAAAAUGCUGAAAAGAAACUUCACAAAGAAAUUACAAGUAGACAAGAAGCAGAUCGAAAAGCAUUAGAAGCACAACAAAAGAAGGAUUAUAAGGUUUACAAAGAAAGAUGGAAAAAAGAAUUAUCUCAGGAUGAAGUUACACCGAAGCGGCAACGAGAUGCUACACUUCAAAGUCAUAAAGAUAAUUUACGACAAAUGGAAGCACAAGAAGAACAACGGCUUGCAAGAGGACAAAGGGAAUAUCUUGAUCUCGAAAUUCGUAAAUUCCGUAGAAAAAAGCUACUUGUUUUCCAUAGUUUGGAGCAAGAAUUACUUCGAGAAGAAUUAAAUAAAAGACAACAACAAUUAGAGCAAGCACAUAAUAUGUUAUUAAGACAUCAUGAAAAAACACAAGAAUUAGAAUAUAGACAACAAAGAGCAGUUCAUGCUUUGAGAGAAGAUCAAGUUCAUCGACAACAUGCUACAGAACUUUCUAAUCAACAGGAUUAUAUGCAAAGAGCAGAACGUGAUUUACGUAAAAAACAUGCAUUGGAACUCAAACAACAACCUAAGAGUCUCAAACAAAAAGAAAUGCAAAUUCGAAAACAAUUUAGAGAAACAUGUAAAAUACAAACACGACAAUAUAAGGCAUUAAAAGCUCAAAUAUUACAAACAACAGCUAAAGAAGAACAAAAAGCUGUUAUAAAAAAAUUAAAAGAGGAACAAAGAAGAAAAUUAGCUUUAUUGGGUGAUCAAUAUGAACAAAGUAUUGCUGAAAUGCUCCAAAAACAAAGUAUACGUUUAGAUGAAUCACAAGAAGUUGAAUGUCAUAAUCUUAAGGAAAGAUUAAAUUAUGAAUUAGAAAUGUUAAUGGCUUAUCAAUCUAAAAAUAAAAUGCAAGCUGAAGCGCAAAGAAACAGAGAACGUCGUGAGUUAGAAGAUCGAGUAUCAGUUAGAAGAGCAUUGCUUGAACAAAAAAUGGAACUUGAAACUCAGGAAUUUCUUCGUGAACGUAGUGAGCGAAUACGUUUAUUACAUGAAAGACAGGAACGUGAAUUACAACAAUUUGACGAGGAAAGUGCAAGAAUAGGAUUCAGUGCUCUGGCGAUAGCUGAGGCAUCAAAAGAAUCUUAUCCAGACGAUGAAAGCCUUAGUGGCUCAAUGUUAAGUCUGGCUCACAGUAAUAGUUCUACAUCCUUCCCCCCUAAUAGUCUUUAAUUUUAAUCAUAUUAAUAGAAUAUGUAUGUAUGUACGUUUGCCUGUAGUGAAUGUAUAACGAGCCUAUCUUUGUUUAAUUCAAUGAUUUACAUAUAUAGUAAAAGUUGGCUCGUUAUAUGCAUCGACCCAAACCUAAGAGAAAGGUUUGUUAGGGUUGGGAAUGUGUAUUGGACUGAAAUUAAUGUAACAGCAUAUUUUUUAAUUAUCAAAAUAUGUCAAUGUGAUCUAUCUGGAAAGAGAGCUUCAUAUUGAAGAAGAACUUAGAUGCUUUUUGCAACGUUGUAAUAUUUAUUAAUCAUAUCCAAAUACUUUGUGAACUAAAUAGGAUUAAAAAAGAAAAAAUCUUUUAAGUAUCAGUCUCAUCUACUAUGAAAAGUAAAUUUUAAUGUUCUUGGGCUUGAAGUAAGCCAACUAUCAUAGCAUACAGAAAAUUUUAUAUGCGACAGAAAAUGUUUAGAGACAUUUAUUUAUCAAUAUCUUGCAAUUAUAAUAAUAAAAAAAAAAUAGUAUAAUCAUAAUGCUCGAAUUAUUAUACAUUUGAUUUUGAUUAAUUGAAGAUUUGAAAUAAGAAUAAAACAAAAAUAAUAUUUUCGGUAAGAUUUUAACUUAUCAAAGGUCUCUAGUAUUAAAUAAUCUUACUGAUAAAUACAUGUGUUGACCUUUGAAAACUUAUUUCAAGCUUUCAAUAAUACUUAGUCUGAUUUAAUUGAGUGAUUUAUUUAUUUAAUUGCAUUUUUAAUGCAAUUAGGAUAUUUACAAAGUGACAAACUGAAAAAAUUUAGUUACAA